GCCCCUAGCGUGCGCGCGCGUCCGGGACCGCAGGGCAGUCGUCGCCCGAGACGCGCGUGGUGUGGCGGGGCCGGUGGCCGAGCGGGGCUGAGCCGGGCGGCCGCAGCUGUCCCAGGAAAGAAAGGACCAUGGUGCUGAAUAGUCUGGAUAAGAUGAUCCAGCUGCAGAAAAACACAGCUAACAUCAGGAAUAUCUGCAUUCUGGCUCAUGUCGACCAUGGAAAAACUACUCUGGCCGACUGUCUUAUAUCUAGCAACGGGAUCAUCUCCAGCCGCUUGGCAGGCAAGUUAAGGUACAUGGACAGCAGAGAAGACGAACAGGUUCGAGGGAUCACUAUGAAGUCGAGUGCCAUUUCCCUACAUUAUGCCAAAGGUGGUGAGGACUACCUGAUUAACCUCAUAGACUCUCCAGGACACGUGGACUUCUCCUCCGAGGUGUCCACGGCCGUGCGCGUGUGUGACGGCUGCAUCAUCGUGGUCGAUGCUGUGGAAGGAGUCUGCCCACAGAACGUUCUGUGAUGGAGUCAGUCACCC